ACCAGAAGCUCAUGUGGACUGGGGUACGAGAGAUUCUUCAUUUCCAUUGUUGGCGCGAGGAUGACUGAUUGCUGACAAUUAAUAUCUAGUUGACCCUGUUGAUCUUCUUGGUCAUGAGCCAAAUGCCUUUGUAUGGUAUUGUGUCUUCAGAUACCUCCGAUCCCCUUUACUGGCUGCGUAUGAUGUUGGCCAGUAACCGUGGUACGUUGAUGGAGCUGGGUAUCACCCCUAUUAUUUCUUCAGGCAUGGUUUUCCAGCUUCUUGCCGGAACCCACUUGAUCGACGUCAACCUCGACCUCAAGACCGAUCGUGAAUUGUAUCAAACUGCCCAGAAGCUUUUCGCCAUUAUCCUGUCCUUCGGCCAAGCUUGUGUAUACGUGCUCACCGGUCUCUAUGGUCAGCCUAGCGAUCUCGGCGCCGGCAUCUGUGUUCUUUUGAUAGUGCAGUUGGUCGUAGCUGGCUUGGUUGUUAUUCUACUCGACGAAUUGCUCCAAAAAGGUUACGGUCUUGGAAGCGGUAUUUCUCUCUUCAUUGCCACCAACAUCUGCGAGUCCAUCGUCUGGAAGGCCUUCUCUCCCACCACCAUCAACACUGGUCGUGGCCCUGAGUUUGAGGGUGCUAUUAUUGCUCUUUUCCACCUGCUCUUGACCUGGCCCGACAAGCAGCGUGCUUUGCAGGAGGCUUUCUACCGCCAGAAUCUUCCCAACGUCAUGAACCUCUUGGCUACCCUCCUUGUUUUCGCCGCUGUCAUCUACCUCCAGGGUUUCCGUGUUGAGAUUCCUGUCAAGUCGUCCCGUCAGCGUGGCAUGCGUGGUUCCUACCCCAUCCGCCUGUUCUACACCUCCAACAUGCCCAUUAUGCUCCAGUCAGCUCUCUGCUCAAACGUUUUCCUGAUCAGCCAGAUGCUGUACUCUCGUUUCUCUGAUAACCUGCUGGUCCGUCUCAUUGGUGUCUGGGAGCCUCGUGAGGGAUCAGCUCAACUUUACGCUGCCUCUGGUAUUGCUUACUAUAUGUCUCCUCCUCUCAACUUCAAGGAGGCUCUCCUGGACCCUGUGCACACUGCUAUUUAUGUGGCUUUCAUGUUGGUUGCUUGCGCCCUCUUCUCUAAGACCUGGAUCGAAGUGUCCGGUUCUGCGCCCCGUGACGUUGCCAAGCAGCUCAAGGACCAGGGUCUCGUCAUGGCUGGUCACCGUGACCAGAGCAUGUACCGAGAACUCAAGCGUGUUAUCCCUACCGCCGCCGCCUUUGGUGGUGCCUGCAUUGGUGCAUUGUCAGUUGCUUCGGACCUUCUCGGGGCCCUAGGCAGCGGUACCGGUAUUUUGCUUGCCGUCACUAUUAUUUAUGGGUACUUCGAAAUUGCUGCCCGAGAGGGUGACUUCGGUCAGGGUCUCAAGGGACUUGUCCCUGGCAACUAAGCAGUGACAUGACUACAACCACCCUUGUUUAUUAAUGAAUUUUCAUGGGAAAAUAGGUUGCAUUUGUUCUUUAUAAACUUGAUUCUUCUACUACACUUCAGAUUGGCGGGUUUUCUACUGUUGUGGCUUCAUUUUAUCGAUCGGUGUUGGGAAUGCUAAACAAUCCAUCUCUAUGCAAAAGCAUAGAAUUUGUUGAAGUACCUCAAGAGAUGCGAAGAAAAAAGUGUCAUGCCGCAAUUGUAUAUUACUUAUAUAUUGUCCAUCUGUGUUUGUAUCAUUAUAUAAGUUGACGCGAAGGCCAAGGUGAAAAAAUAAAGUAAUUUAGUGU